AUGAGUUUAUCAAGUUUCAAAAAUUCACCGCCUUCAACUAAAACCUUCCUACUCUCAUUUCCGGCGCCUCACAUUAUUCUUAUAACCAUUAAUCGCCCUGAUACUCUUAAUGUGCUCGAUUUUUCCGCACAACAUGAGCUCGAAGAAGUUUUCAACUGGUAUAAUUCCGAACCAGAGCUACGAGCAGCCAUUAUCACAGGGGCAGGUGAAAAGGCGUUUUGUGCGGGACUAGAUAUUAAAAGUCUAGAUGCGGAGAACCUACCUCAAGUCUCUCAAUUUCCGCCAAAAGGUUUUGGUGGUUUGGGCCGCCGGACAGAUAAUUUAAAACCUAUUAUUGCUGCAGUCAACGGUUUUGCUAUGGGCGGUGGCAUGGAAAUGGUUUUAGCGUGUGAUAUUGUUGUCGCGCAUGAAAAUUCGAUUUUUGGACUACCGGAAGUAAAACGCGGCUUGGUCGCAAUGGGCGGUGGAUUAACAAGAUUGGUAAGAUUUAUUGGAUAUCAAAGAGCUUGCGAAAUCAUUAUGACGGGUCGAAAUAUUUCAGCAAAAGAAUGCAAAGAAUUGGGAAUUGUAAAUGAAAUUGUCUCGAGUUCAAAAUUAGUAAUUCCAACUGCUUUGAAAUACGCCACAAGGAUCGCUCGCAACUCGCCAGAUGCAGUGCAAGCUUCCAAGUUAGCCAUCUUACUAUCUCUCAAUUCUACAUCAUUAACAGAGGCCGACCAAAGGCAUUUAGAUUCUAAGGAAGUAAGAGCAUGGUUAGAAGGUGAAAAUAUUAAAAAGGGCCUAUACGCCUUUCAUGAAAAAAAGACACCGAAAUGGAAAAAUGCGAAGUUGUGA